AUGGAGAAGACCGCACGCACGCCGUCGUCAUCUACUACCGUUAAAAUAUUUUGUAGGAAAACACACGAGAAAAUAGGAGAUAGAUGGAAAGUAUUUAUUGAUUUCUCGGGGGGACCCAAGGACCAGCAACGUGCCAUAUUGGACAUUGACCGUGCUAGAAUUACCUUUGCCAACUUAUUAAAGUACAAAGUUAAGUUGGGUUAUUCUGUGAGGGACUUCAUGUACUAUAUGAAGAGAUGUGGCAACGAUAGAGCUUUGAUGCAGCGUAUAGAUUACGAAGAUGCAUUGACAAUGAUAGAAGUUUGUACAGAAGAGAAGACAAUUAGGAUAGCAGUUUCAACAACUCAGGUAGAUCAGGAAGGAGAAUAUGCAAUCACACCGAUUAAGCAACGUAGAACACAUGAGGAAGUUAGUGGAAAAGGAAUUCAGGAUGAAGACAUUGAUGCAUACAAGGUGUGGCUCAAUAAGCUGCCACAGGAUGAAAACAACCCAGACGCAUAUUUAGAUGAUGAAACCAUUGAAGAAGACGGAAGUGGUGACAAUAGCGCAACACCAAUGCAGUUUCCAGCUCAUGGUCGUAGGCCAAAGGCCUCUCAGAAAGCCUCUCAGCCUACAGAAAAUAUGGUUAGUGGAAAUGAAGGUGCAGAUUUAGCACAGGCUGGUACAGAAUAUGCCCUGUCCACACAUAAUGAACCUACUGUUGUUCCGACUCCCAUCCAAGGAUCAGAACAUGUGCAACAGACAGUACCAGACAGUGUAUUGUUGAGCAAACAGAAGAGUAUCCAACCUAGUCGCCUCACUCGCAGCGCCAACAGAUCACUUUUCCCAAAUGAUAAAGAUAGUAAUGAGACAGUGACAUUUAUUACAUCACAAACACUAAGGAAUACUGCUGCAAAUAAAAAGCUACAAUGCAGAAAGAAAGGAGAAAAGGUCGAGGACUCUUAUCAAGCUCGAGGUGCAUCCAAGGUUCACUUCCAGGGUGAGCCAAGGGCGAAGGAUGUCCAAGAAUUCAAGCCAGGGGCGAAGGAUGUCCAAGAAUUCAAGCCAGGGGCGAUGGCUCCAUGCUGA